AUCAAUGUAAACAAAGGGUUACGAAUACUAGUCAUCAAAUUACGUUGUAGAUUUAAAUUGUAUUCGAUAAAAUUGAAAUAAAUUGCGAAAUGGGGGGCUACGUUUCCAAAGCAGUGCAUGAAAACAUGAAGAGUAAUCAAGAGUUCAUGGUAGAAAUAAAUCGUAUAACAAUUGAGAGGCAGAUCCAAAUGCAGAAUCAGAUGAGAGAAAGAAUGGUGGCGUUGCAGAUAGCUCGGACCAGGGAAUUACUGAAUUGGUUUGGGGCAUUUUAUACUGUAGCUGCUGCAGGCAUGCUGACAGGUUUUCAUCACUCUCGUAAACCUGGUGUGCUUGUGCCACUACUACCCCUAACUUUUAUCCUUGGCUAUCAAAUUGAUAUGGCUUAUGGAAACAAACUUAUGAGAAUUAAACAUGAAGCAGAAAACAUUGUUAAGUUUGAGAGUGAACUACUAGAUUUGCCCAUGCACUUACCAACCUUGUCAACCAUAGACAUGGCAAGACAAGUGCAGCAUGAUAAACUUAUAAUGCAUUCAGCUGAACCCCCUUUGUAUUACUAGCCUUGAAUUUCUGGGAAAGUAGUUCAUUUUUAACUUUUUAUAGAGCAUCCUUGUUCUUGUACUAAUUUGGUUAAACUACUUCAACUUCAGUUUAUUUGUCUAUUCUUUAAAGCUAUUACAACAUGUAUUCAUUAUU